AUGGAGUGUCGGCUGAAGCUGAGAUGCUGAAGCCUUGAACAAGAAACAGCAAUGAGAGGUGGACCAAUGAUAAGCUCGGGCGGACAUACACCUUCAGAAGAUAUGUCGGCGACGCAAUCUGUACCCGAGACCGGGCAAUGGCGUGGAUGAGCGCUGACGCACAUUGGACCGACCCUCAUGCGGGACUCACUGUGCCGCUGCGAUUCCGACACGUGGACAAUGCAGAGCCACCCUCUCUCUCUCUCUCUCCUCAACCGCCUAUAAAUGGAGGUCAUCGUCUUCCUCAAAUAACUAGUUGUGUGUUUUGGUCGUUUGAGCUGCAGAAAUCUUUUACAUAUCCAUUUCUCGUUUGAUCUCACUCGAUCUCUUAAGAUGUCGUGCUGUGGAGGAAACGGUGGCUGUGGCUCCGGCUGCAAGUGUGGCAGCGGCUGCACAGGGUGUGGGAUGUACCCUGACCUGAGCUACACGGAGACCACCACCACCGAGACACUGAUCGUCGGCGUCGCACCCACCGGGAAGGCUUACUUUGGAGGAUCUGAGAUGGGGGUGGGAGCGGAGAAUGGAGGAUGCAAAUGCGGAGACAAUUGCACCUGCGACCCCUGCACCUGCAAAUGAGAGCAGCAGUAGUAGAAAAAGCGGAGGCGGCCUUCCAUGAAGACGAAGAAAAAAAAGAAGAAUAAUAAUUUGAAGUAAAUAAUAGUGGUAGUAGUAUGAUGAUGUCUGAGCUUGUGGGCUAAUCCAAGCUGUAGCUGUUGUAGGAUUAGAAGAAUAAGGCAGUUCAUGGGGUUUGGGUUUGACCUUCGUGGGGUGCUUUUGGUGUUUGUUUGUUCUCUUUUCUCUUUCUACAAAAAGGCAGUGUAUGCUGGGAGAAAGUCUCUGCUAUGAAAUAUGAAUUAUGUAUAAUGGGUUUGUGUUCUUGGAACAGAGUUUGAGUUUUUAUUAAUGGAUGACUGGAAACUUCCUUCUGUUUCA